AUGCCAGCUGGAUUUCAUGAACAACAAUUAUCACGACAAUUAGUUUCGAAUUUUAGCAUUCCCAUGAACAGAAAUCAUUUAGUGAAUAGACGGUAUCAAGUUUUACCUGCUACAUCUCAGCUUAGUCCAUCACUGCAUACGAAGAAGGAUGAUCAGGAAAGCCGCAAAAAUCCUUUGAUGUAUUCAAAUGAAGAAAAUAGUAAUUUAUGCACCGUAUGUGGCGAUAAAGCUUCGGGGAAUCAUUACGGUGUAUUAAGUUGUGAAGGAUGCAAAGCGAAAAUAUUUCAAUUACAAAAAGUAGGAAAAAGACGACAAAACCAUGAAUAUCAGCACAAGGGAUUAUCGGACAAAGUAAUUGGAAAGUCGAAGGAUCUAUGCGUUGUUUGUGGUGAUAUUGCAUCCGGUAAUCACUAUAAGGUGUUAACCUGUGAAGGAUGUAAGAGUUUCUUUCGACGAAGCAUACAGAAGGAAGCAAAUUACCAUUGUGUUAGGAGUGACAAUUGUCCAAUAACGGCGAAGGAUAGAAAUAAGUGUCAGAGAUGUCGCUUGAAUAAAUGUUUCAAGAUGGGAAUGGAUGCAAAUUCUGUGACUAGGAAGCAAUAA